AUGAGGAGAAAAUAUCCGGAGGAGAAUAUUCCAGAAGAUAUCAAUCUGGACAGCGCAGUCGAUUCAUUGAGUGAAUCCUCAAAGUAUUACCACACAAGCGAACUAGAGGACGAUGAUGAUGACAACACAAAAGAACAGGAGGAGGAGGAAGAUGACCGUUGGGACAUGGACUUCUCAAAGAGCAACGCCUACUCAGACUGGAUUAACAAUGACAUGCUCAACGACUACACAAUCACUGGUGUCAAGAACCAGCUACUUUUUGCCGAUAUCCUAAAACACAUCCGCAAGAAUACAGUCUUUUGGAUGCUAGAUGCCAAAGCCAAUGUCUACAAGUACGAGUGCGCCUUACAACCUCGCGAACCAGAAAUCGGCAUUGAAACGGCCAAGCGACGAUAUCGCAAAGCUGUGGAUACACUUCUUGUGCCUAGUAUUAACAACAGAGACCAGUGGAUUAGUUACAAGAUUCGCUGCAAGUUUUUGCAAGCUAUGGGAGAGUUUCUGUGGACUAUGAAACAUCAUUGCGAGCGAGAACUGUUUCUGCAGCAGACGUUUAAAAUUGAGAGUUUCCGGACUUGGUCAAGUCGAUAA